AUGUCGUCUGGUUUCGUGGCUGCUGGAACCGACCAGGAGCCAGUAGAGCGUGAUGAUGAAUGGCGUCGUGCACAGCAGGAAUUGGAGGAGGAGCGGAGACGCAAGGCGGAGCUAGGCAGGCAGGAGGGCGGGAAAAGUCUAUAUGAGGUCUUGCAGCAGAACAAGAUGGCCAAGCAGGAAGCUUUUGAAGAGAAGAUAAAACUGAAGAACCAGUUCCGGUCUCUCGACGAGGACGAAGUGGAGUUCCUCGACUCCAUCAUGGAGUCGACUCGUGCUCAAGAAGCGGCCGUGAAGAAAGAGACCGCGGAGCAGCUUGAACUAUUCCGUCGACAGCGAGAAGAGGCAGAGAAAGCUCUGCUGGAAAAUUCAUCAGCAGAUGUUUUGCCGUCCAACGAAGGAGAGGACUGGAAGAUUCCUGCACGGAAGAGACGACGGGAUAAAAACAAAGAAUUCCUGAUACCAGGCAAGAAACGGAAAUCCGCGAGCGAAGGCGCUGCGGAACAGCCUUCACCCAGCGAAAGUAAAAUGGAGGCUCCCAAAAUGAAAUCUCCUUCGAAAGACAGCAAAACACCAGCCGCUGUUGAAGUACCACCGGCUGCAGAGGAUGCCAAGUCGACGGAGCCCUUGAGGACCUCCUCUACGUCAGAUCCGCAGGAAGCUAAUGCCAGUCUGCCAGCAGCAAAGUCAUCUACAUUGUCCCUCGGGUUAGCCGGGUAUAGUUCUGACUCCGAAUGA